AAAAAAUUAAAUGAUUCUAUUUUAUAUUGCACCGGUGGCGGGAGAGACCAGCACGCUCGGUGAAUUCGUCGGUGUAGCUCUCGGCUCGUCUUCUUCUCUCUGCGCGAAGAAGAAGAAGAAUCUCUCCGGCUCCGGCAUGGACUCCGUCCGUACGAUUCCCGACCUCUGCCACCGUCUGAUUUCGUUCGCUUUCCAAAGAUGCCGCGUCUCCGACGACUUGUGCCGUAUCUCCGUCGCUCUCGUGGGUUCGCUGCUCGCCGGCUCUCCGGUUGUCCGAAUCUCCAUUUCGGACACGGGUGCUGCUAGUUGCUUGGAAGAGUUUCAGGACUUAAGAGUCACAGAUGAAGGGAUUUUUGCCGAAAAGUGGGAUGGAAUGCUUGCUGUCAGAACUACUGGUCAUUCCUUUCUAUGUUAUUUAUUCAGCCAUCGUAAAAGGGAAGGCCAUCACUGUGAAGUGUUGGUGCUUUUACUUAUGGUUGAGUAUGCUGCAGGUGCUUCUGAUGAGGAGGUACAUUAUUAUAACUUGAAUCUAAAAGAAGGUAGCUCGAAUAAUUGGCUAACCAGGCUCCCUUCAAUCACUAAAAAUGGCGUGAGAUUCAGUGGGACUGAAGUUUGUCUAUCUGUCUCUGAGAAAUUUGAAGUUCUUCUGGGUGGGAUCAAGCAAUUCGUUGAGAAGAUGCUGAUUUUGAACAUCCCGAAUAUUGCAUUUGAACUGGCGGUCCAACAUGAGAAUGUCUAUAAAUCAUGCUAUGGGGAUGCUUUCCUGCCAAAUAAAAGCAUGCCUUCACCCUUUUCAGCUUCAAAUGUAGAACGUUUGAAGUACGGCCUUCAGGAUUAUAUUUUAAGGCGCCGCAACGAUCUAGAUAACAACCUUGGUUUAUCAUUAAAUGCCUUGGAGCAUUUGAGGACUGGAAUGGGAACUAUUUGCAGCUCAAAAACUUCUGGAAGACAAAAUCCGGGAUUAGUGGUUGAUGCAGUAAUAAUCAUAUGCGAGUUUUCUGAUCAAACAAGUCCUUGUCCGAGGGAGUGUGGUCACCAGACACAGGUUUUGUAUUUCAAGGAUUUCUCACCUUCCUCAAUUUCCAAGUCAUCUCUUAGUGCAUUGAAGAGCAUUGAUUGGAAGAGUUAUGGCUUGACACUAGGCAACAUCAUGGAUCAAGGAGGUGGUGUCUCUCUAGAAUGGGAUAACUUGCCACCACAUACUCAUAUUGAUGUUAUCUUUCAUUGCUAUCAAGCAGAGGUUAACUUCCCUCCUUCGAAGCAAAAGGUCUUGUCAGAAAGAUCUCUUCUGAAGAAAGCAGCUAAACUAGCAUUGGAUGAUAUGAAGGAGAAACAUUCAGGAGUUCUUCUAAGUGAUCGUGCUCUGAAGAUACAAAGUCAUGCCCCUGCUCUUGCAAGAACACUCGCUGGUCUUAUUUUGUCCUCCAAUGACAUGGAAUUCCAAGGAGAAUGUCUCUCUCUUUUGGGUUUGCUGACAGGAGUUGAGGCGGAGAUAGUUGAAGAAUGUGUCAAGGACAAGAUUAAUGCGGUUAUAGAGCUGAAUGACAGGAAACCUGAGAGAUGCAAAGACUCUGUUCCUUUACUUUUCGAAGAUGAUCGUCUUCAGGAAAUGAACUUUGAAGACGAAUGUGAAGAAGGUGAUGACUCUUAUGACUCUUUAGAUAUAUAAUACCAAGAGUAUUGCACUUCAUAUAAUGUGGCGCAAAUCGGUAGACACCUAGCUGUGUUUCACCUCUUGAUGAUGACCACAUAGGCUAUGAUGCAUACGUGCCAAUCCUUUUAGAGGCAAACACUUGCUCACUAGUUAAAUAUGAUCUUGUGUCAACUGAAGCAGCAGCGUCCACUUCUGGAUAAUGAAAGUUGUUAUGCUUUUGAUA